AUGGCCAGCUCCUCAAAUCAAGCUGGUAGCCAGGCUGUCCCGAAACCAGCUCUUUUACAAGCGACCAGCUCCAUUCAGUACUUCCAGCAGACUUCCGAGUCUAACAACCGCCCGAGUCCCGCCACAGUGUCUUCCAGUGAAGUCGAGGAAGAUUCUCGAGGUCCCCAAGAUCAAGAUACUUCCAAGGGUGGAGAGAGGCAACAGCCUGAGGACGCCGCAUCUCUGAAAUAUGGAGUAAGCCUAUCGGGCCAAGCAGUGCAGCAACAGGGAACAAAAACUGCAGCAAAUCGUGGCCAUUCACUUCAUGACAGUGGGAUUGGUGGCAUGUUUCUCUGCAAUGACAAUUUCUAUUCGAGUAACGAUGAAGAUGGAAGCAAUGUGGGAGAACAUGAGGCAAUCGGCCCAAUGGGUAACGAGAUCGUCGAAGAUAAUCCUACCCCCGACUUCCAGGAAUGCCGACAAAUCGCAGAGGACGACCUAGGCGACUUGGACAAAUCGAAGAACACCUCAGAGGCCGUUAGAGGCAAAGAUCUGUCGACGGACGACCAGUUCCAAGCGUUUCAAGACUUUCUGCGUGACGGGUAUCAUGCCGUCAAGAAUGCGAUGGAGACAGAUGUCGAAUUGCAGGGCAGACAAGCUGCUGCUACAGAAGCAGCGGCCAAGGCUGGCACAGCGAUUACAAGCAUCAAAGAAGACAUGAUGAGUCGCCUCAAGGCCAUUGAGGCAUCGGCGUCCUCCAACGAUCAGCUUUCCUCUGCGGCCUAG